CAAGCAAAGCCCCUUCCGUGGGAUGCAGAUGCGGCAUUGGUCAGCAAACCCCCCCAUCCGCUCGAGGAGUCGAUGAAGAGGCUGGGGACCACCAUGGCGGUGGGCCUGAGGAGUCCAAAGCUCAAGCACGAAAACCCCCAGAAGGUCGCAGAGGAAGCAGUGAAGCUGCCAGACCACAUAAAAGACUGCGGGAAGAACUUCAACGAGCAGAAAAGGAAGUACAAUUCCCUCUUCAGGAAGAGUCGAAAGUCUGCGAUGGAGUGGCAGCCUUUUGGGAGUGGCCUUUACUACGUAUCCAGGGGGAAAAAGUCCUGGUACGAUGCGGAGAACUUCUGCCUGUCCAGAGAGGCCCAUCUGACCUCCAUCCUAAGCUCUGAAGAGCAGAACCAUGUGACCUCGCAGCUCACCCAGCCUGCCUGGAUUGGCCUGACCGACGGGGGUCGAGGAAAGUGGGAAUGGACCGACGGCUCCAGAUUAAUAGCCCAGUUCUGGUCUCAGGGCCAUCCCGGCCACUCGGAGCGCCCUGGAGACGGAGAGCAAGGCUGCACAAUUAUUGUCCCAUUGUCUAAAGGGCUGAACUGGAAUGAGGUUGACUGCAAUCAGCUGAAUAGAUGGGUCUGCAAAGGAACUCUGGGUGCGGAAGAGCCCCAAAUUCACCAAACACAUUGACCGGAGCCGAUGAGAUGGACUCAGAAAAUCUUCACUGGGGAGUCAAACCCCACCACUUAUGCCCGAUCAGGAAGAGGCUGUGGAUGGACUCUUUCGUCCGAGCGUAGUUCCUCCAGCUGAGAGACAGGAGAGAGGCUGGUUUUAUGUGGCCUUUCCGUGUCCAGGUGUGGCCUUUUUUCAGAGCAGAGCCAGCCAGACGGCGUUCAGAGGGACGUCAUAAUUCUGGCCUUGAGGCUAAUUCAGGCCCCGAAAAAGCCACAGAGGGAGUGGACGGGGACUCUCCUGGCUCAGCAGUCAGCUGUUAUCUCUACCGAGAAGAUUUUCCUGAAGGAACGAGCGGUGAUCUGACUCAUCUGUCACCCCAUUGGUCGCCAGGGUGGAUUCCACUGAUCGGACUGGCUGGCUGGCUGGACCUUUCCUCCCUCACUGCCCCAUGUGUGCCUCUUCCAAAGCCCUGCAUUUGGGGGAAAAAAGGAUGACCACCCCAGAUUGAAGGGGUGCACGGAUCUUUGGUUGGGGGGAGACGAUAGCUGCGCUCCCCUUCUUGCUGGGAGCUCCAAGGAAGCAGAAAGCCCAGGGCAUCCUGGCAAUUUGAGGUGCACCAGUGGCACACUUCGAAAGGUAGAGCCUGCCAAGGUGUUAACAUAGACUUCUUACUAGAAGCUGCUAGGAGAGUCCAAAGAUUUUGUGUUGCAGAAAUUUAACAACAACCGCAAUAAAAAUAAAAUAGAAGACAGUGCCAGGAAAUACCCAGCCGCAGGUCCUGGAACGAGAAGUUGGAAAAGCAGGCUGGGGGAAGGAAGGGUCCAACCACAUCCGUCUCUUUCCCAAGAAAACUUCCUGGACGUGUCCAUAAGUCCUCCAGACGUCAAACUCAGCUCUAAGAAAAUGACCUCAGUUUUCCCAGCUCUCAGCCCACCCAGAGACCCCAUAAUGCAGAACAAAGACUGUGCACCUCUAGAGAAGACUGCAAGAGGAAUGGUUUCCUUCCUUCCUUCCUU